GGGCGCAGAGCGACGAGCUCACUUCCCCUUCCUCUGCGCCUCUGGGACCUCCGCUCUGGUGGGGGCCUUGGGACAGUCAGGUGCCCCCGUCCAUCUCGGGUGCGCACAGCAGCUCCGAAGAGGCCCCUGCGGGUCCGCAGCAGUUCCGAAACGCGUUGGGCGUGGCCAUUCCCAGCCCGGGUCCGAGCUGUCAGCCUCUCCAAGGCCCGCACGGGAGGAGCCAGGACUCGCCUAGCGCGGGCUCCAGCCGUUGCCAGCAUCCAGCUGCCAACUUUCUGCCUGGAUCUGUCUCCUCAUUUCUCCGGUCUCCUCAGACCGAAGCCCUUGGGGUAUGUAACAGCCAUGCCUGUGGACACACUGACUCCAGGAGCCCGGGACACCUCUGCCCUACCUUUCCGCCUGCGGACCAAAGUCCCCGGCUACCUGCUACGGAGGCCAGCAGAUGGUGGAGCCCGGAAACCUAGUGCUGUGGAGCGCCUGGAGGCCGACAAGGCCAAGUACGUCAAGAGCCUGCAUGUGGCCAACACCCGCCAGGAACCUGUGCAGCCCCUGCUGUCCAAACAGCCACUCUUCAGCCCUGGGACUCGCCGCACAGUGCUCACACCUAGCCGCCGAGUCCUGCCCGGCCCUGGCCGCCGGCCCCAGCUGGACCUGGACAUCCUUAGCAGCCUCAUAGACUUGUGUGAUAGUCCCGCGUCCCCUGCCGAGGCCAGCCGUACCCCUGGACGGACAGAAGGAGCCCACCAGGCGCCCCCAGCCACCCCUCCACGCCCGCCACCAAGCACGGCUGCCGUCCGCCGAGUGGAUGUCCGUCCCCUGCCCGCCUCACCUGCCGGGCCCUGCCCCUCGCCAGGCACUGCCACCGCCUCCGGCCCAGCCCGGCCCCCAGGUUUGCAGCGCUCCAAGUCGGAUUUGAGUGAGCGCUUCUCCAGAGCAGCAGCUGACCUGGAGCGAUUUUUUAACUUCUGCGGCCUGGACCCGGAGGAGGCCCGGGGGUUGGGUGUGGCCCACCUGGCGCGGGCCAGCUCAGACAUCGUCUCCCUGGCCGGGCCCAGUGGCGGGCCCGGCAGCUCCGAGGGGGACGGCUCGCGCCGCAGCUCUGCCCCCGUGGAGGAGCGGGCCCGGGAGCGCGGGCCCUAUGGUGUGUCCGCGGUGGAGCGCAACGCCCGCGUCAUCAAGUGGCUGUAUGGGUUGCGCCAGGCGCGGGAUGGCCCGGCAGCCGAGGGCUAGGCCUCCACUGGGCUCGGCAUUUGCCACGGGACAGAUCUGAGAGAGGCAGCUGGCCCCUGACCGCUUCCGCAUCCAUUCCCGGGCUUGGGCAGACCGGAGGCUGCUGCCUUGUGUGAACUUGGUAUGGAGGCAGAGGCUCAGAGGCUGGACCAGCAGCCGUCUGGCAAGAACUGACCCUGGAGAGAGUUGCCUUUUGACCUUGGGCCACCCACUACCCCUCACGUGUAGGGGUUUUGACAUGAGUCCUGCCUGGUUCUCCUCGUGGGUUUGGAUUUGGGGCACUUAGCCUUCUCCGCUGAGAGUGAGGGGCCAGAGGAUCUUACUAGGCUUACCUAGUGGUUCUCUUUCCUUCUUCCUUGGCCUCUAACCUUUGCUGACUUCCUCUUCCUUUCCCAGUGGGUCCUGGUUCCCUGGGAACUUGCUCUGGGUGGAGGCAGGGCCUUGGCAGCCUGGCCUAGGUGGGUAGACUACAGGAGGGACUGGUGGGAGUCUGUACUGCUCUGACUUCCCUCCCUUUGGUUAAUAAACACAAAUGUUUGUUUUUCAA